AUGCGCCUUCCAAGCCUUUAUGUCCUGGUCACGCUGGUGGGCCUAAGCUGGGCUUGCCAGCCCGGCGAUCUUUUGGAGGUCAUCCCAAGUGCGGGGACGGUCGACUACCUGACCGGUGGUUGUGGCCAUGAGUGGGUCGCGUUUUCAUCUGGAAAUUCGACGGCAGCCUUAUCUCCGCUCGCCAUCAAGGCGCAGGUGCCGGGAGAUCUGCUGACCGACCUGCAGGCGGCUGGGCACAUAGGUGAUCCAUUGUACGAGCUGAAUUUCCUCAAGAGCGCGAUCUGGGAUCAGCAGACCUGGACUUUCACCACGAACUUCACUGUUGACAUUAGGCAGGUGGGUCUCGACGCAGCCACUCCGAAUCGACUGCAGCUGGUUUUCGAUGGGGUGAAGAUGGGCGCCAUCAUCCGAGUUAACGGCAAAGUGCUUGGAACAGCAACGAGCCAGUUCAUCCGCUACACCUACGAUUUGAAACCAGAGGACCUCCGAGCGGGGAAUGGCGCCAACAAGUUGGAGGUGGUCUUCGACCGUUCCAUUCGGGUGGGGGGCCGCUUCAUGGCUUGCUCCGGUGGUUGGGACUGGGCGCCCUACACCAACACCAUGCAGGAGGACGCAACAACCUUCUCCUACGGCAUCUGGAAGCAUGUGUACCUCAUCUACACGCCUCAGGGCUCUGCAUCCAUCACGCACGUUGUGCCGCACGUGUUCUUCAAGGGCCUCUACCCGACGCAGGCACUUGUCGAUGGACAGCAUGCAGGCUUCACUGUCAAGGUGAAGGUCUUCCUGUCCGCCCCCGCUGCCACGAACGGCACGCUAGCGCUGCUUCCCUCGUGGAGGUCCGCAAAUAUCAGCCGCAGAAUCUCGAUUCCGGCUGGGGGCUCGAAUCACACCCUGGAGGUUCAAGCCGAUGCCACCGAAAUCAAGCUCUGGUGGCCCAUCGGCAUGGGCGAACAGCCCCUGUACAAGCUGGGUGUUCAGUUCCAGGGCGACGGCCAGACGGUGCCGGUGACGCAAACCAGCCGAAGGAUUGGCUUCAGGUACUUUGCACUGGUCACGGGCAAUGACACCGAUCCAGCUUAUGUGGCGAGGGCUUCCACCGAGGAGGGAACCGAGUCCAUGGGAAUGUACUUCCGCAUCAAUGGUGCAGCCUUUUGGUCUAAAGGUGCCAAUGUGAUACCCAUGGAGGAGCUCGAGGGCCGGAUGCUUGGGGAGGCCCAUCGCGUGAUGGUUCGUUCUGCUGCCCAUGGAGGUAUGAACACACUCCGAGUUUGGGGUGGUGGGAUCUUUCUCCCGGACGAGUUCUACGAUGCCUGCGACGAGCUCGGGCUUCUGGUCUUCCAUGACAUGAUGUAUGCGCAGCUGGGCCACGCGCCGGAGAGGACAAGCGUGCAAGACACGGAGCUGAGACACCAGGUGCGGAGGCUAUCCUCGCAUCCUUCGAUCGUGAUCUGGGACGGCUGCAACGAGUGUACUGUCACUAUGGGUAGCCCCACAGAGAUCUACGCCACCUUUGUGAUGACCGUAGUUGCGGAGGAGGACAGCUCCCGAUCGAUUUGGCCCUCCUGCCCUGCUUUUGGCUGGUCGACGGGAGUACACAAGCUGGACAGCUUGCCGAAUGGGAAUCCGCUGACGACACCCGGGAAGUCUCGGACGAUAGAGGUGCACGGCUACUACCAGCACGGCAAUGGUUUCCCAGCCAUGAACGGCGAGAUCAAGAUGUAUCCGUUCAAGGCGAACAUCCCGAUCAAGGUCUCUACUGAGUCUACGGGCCUGGAUCACCCGAACAUCUUCGCCUCGGAGUUCGGCGCUGUAGUGAUGUCCUCAUUCGAGUCGAUGGCGCCGACCCUGGCGCCUGAGCAUUGGGGUCUUCAUGGUGGCCAACAGAGCGACACCUGCGAGUACGAUGUGCAUGUGGUGGCCCACAACCAGUGCCAAGGCUCCAACGUCAUGGCACAGCGGAACUACCCCUGCGACAAUCUAAUCAAUGCGUACUUCGGUGAUCAUCCGGAUAGCUAUUUUAACAUGACUGGAGAGGCCAUCUUCAAGCAACAGCUCUACCAAUGCAUGCUGUCUCAGGCGUUGAUCCUGAAGACAGACAUCGAGACCAGGCGCUCUGCGAAUCAGUUCGGAUGCCUGGUCUGGCAGCUCAACGAGAUUUGGCCCACAGGGGGCUGGGGUUCCCUGGAGUAUGGCACCCCGGUGAAGGGCCAAGUCCUUGGAGGGCGCUGGAAGCCUUUGCACUACUUGUUCAGGCGGUCUCUUUUCGCCGAUGUCAUGGCGACCUGUGGGUUAGAUGGUCAGUGCUAUGUCAAGAACGACAGCCCGCGACCCUUUUGGGGAAUGUGCUCUGUGACUGCUUUGCAUUUCGAUGGCCAUCAAACUGGCCUGUUCUGGUUGGGCUUUGAUCUGCCACAGGGGCCGGGGGUGAAGCAGCUCUUCAAGGUGAACGUCUCGAAUAUGAACGGCGCUGACUACAUUCUUCGGUCAGAAUGCUGGCCGACGGAAGUCCGCGAACAGGGGCAUGCUAUCACAGCCUUCGGGGCAUCGAUGGAGAACGUCGUCUCUUUCAACGAGAUCCUGAUGGCACGGCCAGCAGAUCUACGGCUUCCAGCAGCCAAGGUCUCUGCGACCGUGGCGCCAUCUCCCAAUGAGGACGGCAGCAUUGACAUCUUGCUGACGGCAGACAACACUGCAUUGUUCGUCACUUUGACGACCUUGGCGCAUGGGCGAUUCAGCGACAACGCCUUUGCCAUGCCUCCGGGGAAGGGCAAGGCCCGGGGCUUCACUGCGCUGUAG